AUGGGCAAACUUAUCAAGAACCACUGGGCUCGGCUCAUCAUCCUCACGGCCGCAGCAUACCAAGUCGUUGCCGCCAUUGAAGGUUUCUUCUGGCCCAAGAUAUUCUGGGACUUUCUCACAAAGACCCUUGACGGCGCCGUCAAGCCGAUACCCGUCCUGCAAAUUCUCAACCUGGUCUUCGGUCUCGCCAUGCUCGCUCUCGAAUGGCCUCUCAGCUUUAUCGCCGGCUCCGCUAUCCAUCGCUCCCUCGAAGUCCGCCUCGCUAUCCUGCCUCUCGUGGCCCUGGUGGCGGUACUCAUGUACCAGACGACGAACCCUGCCAUCUACUACAUGGUCGGCAUGGUUGUCUACUUUGUCGCAUACAGCGAAGGCGAGAUCAUCUGCGCCAAACCAUGGACACUUCCCCAGCGUGGGCGUGGAGGGCCUGGUGCCAAGGCUUGA